AUGGAAGAAGGACCAGCCCUUGACCCUUCCGGCUCAGGAAAUGUCCAGGAGGGGCCCCUGAACUUCCGUGCACGUCAUGGUUCUGCCUGUGACCUGCCGCCUAAGCUUUACUGGAAUUCAGGUUUUGAGACUGAGAUGUUCGUUUGGAUUAACAAUUUGAAACCCAACACGGAAGAGUUCCCUGACACAAAUUCUUCUGAUGAAGAUUAUUAUUAUAAAGAAGAUGAAAAUGUGGAUAAUAAUAUUGCCAUAAAUGAAGAAGAUAAAAAUUCUGAAACUAUUCCAUUUAUACAAAAUGAAGAACCAAAUAUGGACAAUACUCCUGCUAAUGAGAAAACUGGCAAUUAUUAUAAAGACAUAAAACAAUAUGUGUUCACCACAAACAAUCCACAUGGUACAGAGUCUGAAAUAACUGUCACAGCAACAACCGGUCUGAGAUAUGCUGUAAAGCACUAACUAACCACAAAUGUGCCUGCAUUUUGGACAAUAUUAGCAAGAGCUAUAAAUGGAACAACAGGGAGCAUGGAUGAUAGAGAUCAAUUAUUUCAACCAAUUCCAGAAUCUGAUUUCAACUCUACAAAAAGAAGCAAAUCAUCAGAGCUAGAGGAAAUCAAGAUCAAAUUAAUGCUGGGCAUCUCGUUGAUGACCCUUUUCCUAUUUGUCACUCUCCUGGCGUUCUGUAGUGCCACACUGUACAAACUUAAGCAGCUGAGUUUUAAAAGUUAUGACAGUCAAUACUCCAUCAACCCAGAGCUGGCAACCCUAUCUUACUUUCAUCCAUCAGAAGGAGUAUCAGAUACAUCUUUUUCUAAGAGUGCAGAAGACAGCAGCACAUAUUUGUAUGCCGAUUCUUCAGACGUGAAAACAUCAAGAACAAGAAUAUCAAAAUCUAAAAACAUAACAGAUGUGAUUUCUACAUGCUCAAAUGAUGCAGGCUUAAUUGAGGCAUCAUGUUUACUAAUUAACCAAGAGGAACUGAGUGAGGAAUUUCAUGCAGAAAAAUAG